CAAAGGGUCAUUCCCACCGACGUAACUUUACAGACGCAAAGCACUGGCACUUGCUACGACAGCUGCUCAUAACAACUUAUCUACCCUCACAUUCCCCACCCGUUGUGUGAACGGGCCUGUUUCUUCAUACCUGCUCAGGAAGAUAUCAGACGAGCAUUCCUCCAUUCGAAACACAAGAGCCAUUUCACCCAUCGGAGAGGCACACCCAGUUGCAUCCUACCGCCAGCAAAACAACACACUCCCACACACCUUGUAUCAACACCCGUCUCCCUCGACAGCCUCGGAGAUUUGGACCAGCGCUGAGAUCUUCGUCUGAACGACCGUUGAAACUCAACUGCUUCCCAGAGGCAUCACAACCUUUACACGACAGCCAAUCCUGUCGAUCUGCCGUUCGCCGAACUUGUUUGAGGAUUGCGCAUCACUGCAGCAUAAGGAUACCUGCUAUCAAAGUCAAAGGGGGCACUGCUCAAUAAUUCCCGCUAUCGACGACAACAGCAAUAGAUCAGCAUUCAUCAUCUGUGGAUCGUUCAUUGGCAGUUGUUGCCUCGCACUCUCUCCACACAAUAUCCUACAUAACACUCGCCGAUCUCCUUGAUCAGAGUUGGAUCGCCUCGACACGUUUUCAGGAACCGGUAUACUCUGCUGGCAUUCUUCCACCACGACACAAAUCGUCAACGUCCUGCUUCCAGUGGGAUUCUUCUCGCGAGGCCUUUACAUUGACGCCUCUAAGUUGUACUUCUCUUCCAAAACACCGCCCUCAUGACGAUGGUCAUUGAUAGCCAAGGUCGACAAUACGGUGGCAUGGGAUACGACCACAUGUACCCAAGCAUGCAGACGACACCGCAAUUCAGCGACCCGUGGUCACAUCAGACCAGCUCCUCCAACGCGUCUUUUCCUGCUCUAUCCAAGACAGAUAGCUCCAGGUCUACCAUGUCGAUGCCAUAUUCACACAUGCCACCAGUCACUGGCUCAAUGGCCCAAGGUAGCGCCUACUCUAGCACUGGAUAUUCUGGGACGGAUGUACUAAGUUUCCCUCAAGACAUUCCACGCUCAACAUAUGAGCAGUCUUAUCCUCCUACGUCGGCGACCACGUCGUCUUACACGCCAUCAUACACGUCCAUGACCUAUGCACAAUCUCUCGCCCAGCAACAGCAACAGCAACAAAGUCAACAUAGAAAGAUGUCCGAUGUCGACAGCUCCCGUGCUGCCAACGCCAGCUUCGGUGAGCUUGACGCCUCUCGGGGCAUGCUCGCGCUUAGCCACCAAAAUCUUCAUGACUUGACCCCUCGAAAUAUCUACGAAGCGCGUGCUCAAAGAGCUUCUGCGGACUCUUACGGCUUUCCUCAGACGGCCUCGGCUCACUCAUCCAUCUCGAAUGAAUCUGGUCGCGGCUACCCCUACUAUGCGCCCAGCUCUGUUGGAUCUGUCGCCGAUUCUGCAACCGACUAUAGCUCGGCCGCUUCAGACGCCGGCUAUGAUUCAAUGACAGUUUCGCGCACGCUGCCGCGACCAACGCAAUUGCUCGGAGCGCCAAUUGGACCUCCUGCCCCUCAGUCGAUGAUGGGUCAAUUCUCGUCGAAGAUGUCGGGAAAUACCCAAAAGAAGCACAAAUGCAAAGUCUGCGAUAAGCGCUUCACGAGGCCGAGUUCUCUACAAACACACAUGUACAGCCACACGGGCGAGAAGCCGUUUGCCUGUGACGUUGAAGGCUGCGGCCGACAUUUUUCAGUCGUGUCGAACCUGAGGCGUCAUAAGAAGGUGCACAAGGGUGACGGCACUUCGACCACCAGCCACUCUGAUACGGAAGAGUAAGGGCCCGAAGUAAGAGAACACAAUGUUAUUACCCUGAAUUGAUGCGCAAAACUUUUGCGUGUCAUAUGUGGUUUUUCCUUGCUCCAUGUACAACACCUUUUGAGCGCGACGAACCGGAGCAGCACGGCGCUAUGUACAACAGGUGUUUAUUUAGAAAUGGUCGGGGAAGAUGGAAAAAGCCAGGUGCUUCUCGCAUCGACACCGGCAUCAAAGAAAUUGCCCCAAAUCAAGUUCGAUUCACGACAUUCGCUAUUUCUACAUAUUUUGUUUAUUGUGACGACUUUUGAUACCCAGCGAUGACGGUUCCUAUCAUGACUGAAUUCUACUUUCCGCAUUGUGAGCGUUAGAAGCUCACGGCCAACAAAGCAGUGGGCGAGGAAAUAGUAUGGUCGACCUCGGAACAUCAACACACGAUCAACAACGAUGGCGUUUUGGGGGCUUCAGGCACUUUUUUGUUUCUUGUGGCCGCCCUGCUGGUUGUUCCUGUUGUCGUUGAUGUGGCCCCUCUCAUGAAAUAAUCUGGGAGAGUGUCGAGUUGGGAUUGGGUUGGCGUGUGGCUCGGAAACUGUCUGCACUGGACGUAUUGUGGCGCAACCAGAUAGUCAUAGCUUCUAUUGUAGCAGGAAUGAAUCAAUCUAUCAGGAUCCUCCAGGGUCAUGAUCAAAG